AACAGAUUUAAUUUAUUAUAACAAACAUAAUUGACUAAUGGCGAGCAAAGGUUCAUAUGCAGUAGUAUCUUUUUGUAAAGAAAAUGGAGAGUUACCUGUGAUACCUCAGGCGUGGCUGUUAGCAGAUGGAGAUGGCAAGUUUAAUCGUUGCUACUGGCCUCCUUUUGCCAGACAAGAGUCCAUUGAUAAGGCAAUACAUAGUUCAACAGCUUGUUCUAUUUUAUGGGCACAGCAUCCAAUUCGGCUUAUGGCAGUGGCAGAUUCUUACCCAAAAGCUGUUGAGAAAUUAAAAGAUGCUCAGUAUUCAUCUGAUUUACAAACAGAAGUUGAUGAAGCCUAUCAACGACCAAAGCGUAAACAGUACUUUAUAUUAUUUACACAAACAAAGAACAUUGUUCUCAGUAAAACCCCUAAUGUAAUAGUUGGUAAAAGUUGGCUUGUAAUUGUUAGUUUUUUCACAUUGGCUUUACAAUUAAAACUUCAAUUUAUUUAUUGUUUCAUUAGUAUGGAAAAGCAAGACAAUCGCUUGAUGAUGCUGAAAAUGAUAGCGUUGAUGAGAAUGUUAGUUCUCAUAUUCAAGAAACAAUUAAACAGUCAAAAAAGUUAAAAUUCUAUUCUCAAGCACCAAAUGUACCACCUUUUCCUAUGGAUGCUUUGGUACCUGGUAAUAGCAAUACACCUGAUACAAAUGAAAAUUUUGAUAGCAAUUUUAAAGAUGAUUUUGUAGUGGGUGAUAAAAUAGCCAAAUAUUAACUUUUAGUUCAGAAAAUAGCCAAAAUAAUAACUUUGCUUCAAAGUAUGCUGGAACAAGGACUGAGCAUUUCACUACAAACUUUGAAUUUGUUUUUAAAAACUUUGCAAAACAAACUUUUAAAAUAAUGGCGGAAUUGAAAUCGACCUUGUUAGAAGUCCAAAGUCAGGUUAAUUUAAAUACGCAACAUCUGCAAGCAUUGACUGAUGGAGGUUUUGAAACUGCUGAUAGGGUUUUGAAUUGCCAAUUAGUAAUAUCUGUAAUUUUCUUGAUCUAAAUCUGAAGCUUUCAGACAAAGUUUUGUUCAAGAGACUGGUGGUUGCUGUUUCUUCCAAAGGCGGAUCUACAUUAAGAGAAGCCGUGAAAUUUAUGUUAAGGAGCAUGUUAAAUAAUACAGUUUUAAGAAAUUUAAACUGGACAGGGCAACCGCCAAAAACCAAAUUCGGAAAAACAAAAUGUCAUCGAGUUAUUUAAAAAUAUUCCAACAUGAAACUCUACAGAGUGUGACAUACAAUAAGAAAUUGUUCGCUUUAUACAUGGGUCGAAUGAUAGAGAUGGCGGUCGUAAAGAACGAAAAGAAAGAAGGAAACAUUCAACCCCGAUUAGCAAUAUUACAGAUAUUGAAACAUCUUCAUCUUCAAAUGAUGAUUAGGCUUUUAUCUAAGAAGUCUUAUCACAGAGCACCGCCACAUGGAGAAUAGCAUUUAUAGGCUUGUUGGCUCCCCGUUCCCAAUUUCACCGAAAAUGCUUAUAUGCUUCGCUAUAUUAAAUAUAUACAUAUGCAU